ACUGUUCAACUGGUAACAUACUAUGAGCACAUCCUCUGCAUCUCCUUCGACAUCUGACCCACGCCAACAAGUGCUCAGAGUGGCAUUAGCAAUAUUGGGAUGGUAUGCUACAAGUAUGUCGAUAACGGCAUUGAAUAAAUACUUGUUUUCGAACCUUGGAGUAAAGUUCCCCCUCAUCGUCACCUUUAUACACUUCUCAACUACCUCCAUUGUCCUAUACCUACUAUUCGCUAUUUUACCAGCUAAAUUUGAUAGGCCUGUCAUCUCCGCUAAGGAUUAUAUAAGAGCUAUCAUCCCGAUUGCUAUAUGCGCCGCAGCAGACAUUGGAUUCUCGAACCUAUCGUACUCCAGGAUAUCAAUCACAGCGAUGACCGUAGUAAAGUCUAGUGCAGUUGUGGUAACCUAUCUAGUCGGGUUGCUUUUCGGCAUCGAGAAAUUCCGAUGGCCGAUAAUGGCUUGUGCCUUGACGAUAAUGGUCGCAAUAUCGUCUAGUGUGCCUGGUAUGCGAGUGGACGACUGGUUGGGCAUCCUAUUCGUAGCACUUGCCGUAUUAUCUACAGCAUUCCGUUGGGUGUUGGUCCAAACCCAGUGCACCCAGUUCAGUGCACUACAACUGAUGUACCUCACACAGCCUGUAUCGGCUCUUGCUCUACUACCCUUAGCUAUCAUAUUGGACGCACCUCAUUUAUCUAUGCCCAUAGACACUUCGGGGGAGGAACAUAUCGUUCUACCCAUAUGUAUAAUAUGUGCUACAGCAGCUCUGGCCUUCCUCCUACUAUUCACUGAGUAUCGUCUCGUGGAAGUGACCAGUAGUCUAACUCUAUGUAUCGCGGGCAUUGGCAAGGAAGUAGCUACUAUAUUGAUGUCUGUGGUCCUCUUUGAUGAUUGGUUGUCACUACGUCAAGCGAUUGCUGUGACGGUAUCUAUCGCUGGUAUAAUAACAUACUCUACCUUACGGAUAAGGUACACUAAUGAGGAAGCCCAGUUUGACAGGCUUAAAGAGGUACCUGAUGAUGGUGACGGUGGUGGUGGAGAAGGAGGAGGAUCAAGUGCCAUUGGAGAGAAUCCCUUCGAUUCGCCAACAUUCGGAAGAGCGCCUAUCCACUCGGCUGCUGCUACUACACCUCGAGACCAUAGGGUUCUGCGGUUAGCAUCGGCUGAGAGUACAAUGUCAUAUUAUGAGGAGAAGGAUCUUGAUGAAUAUGAUCCAGGGACCACCAACAAUAGCAGCUCUGGUCUCGCUAUGGCUGAGGAGGGUCGGGGUACCACUGUGCCGGCAAUGGGACGUGAAUGA